GCGGCUGUCGUGGUCCGCACGUAACUUACGGUAAACUCCGCUAAGAAUAAAUACCAACAAAGUUCUUUAAACGUAGUUUAUUUAUAUAACAAGCAAAAAACAACACAAAGAUUACCUAGGAAACCAAAACAUUUGUUAUUUUCGACGAGGCAUUUGUUCAAGAGACCAGUUUAGCAACUAGUCAGACCAUUAAAAAAAACGAAAACCAGAAGUAAAGUUCGGAUCCAGACGUGUAUUCUCGUCAGCGCACUUGCGUCCGAUGAAACGGUCUAUAGAUACGUAAUUUCGUGUGACUGGGCUGGCUAUAGUGGUGCUACAUAUUGUCGUCAGUAUGGCCUACAUGAUUUUUGAGUUGGGAAUGCCAACGCAUGUCCUUAUAGGUCAUAAAGACCACAGUAUAGAAAAGACUUGUCACUUAAAUUUAUCCAUUUUUAAAGUGGUCGUAAAGACCCUAACUUUAUUUCCCUGCUUUUACGUCGAGUUGAUUUAUUACCCGUCACUCACUUGAUGUUUAACCCCUCCAAAGACAGAGCUGUUGUUUAUCCCUUGGUUCGCUUGCCAAAAUAAAGACAGGGUAUGAAACUGAUAUGGCUCUGUUUGUGCUAUAUUCCAGUACAUUCCCCACAUUGGCACAUCUAACAAUGAUACAUUUUCCUAAAGGGAAUAACAGCAUAGUAGAACGAUAUUGAGAGUGACAUUUAAAGUGAUUAUGAAUAAUCCAGGUCCCACCCAGUCCCCCAGAUGCAAGCCCUGCCCUGAAUAAAAUGCAGGAAAGAACUGAGCCACCCCACCAAAUAGCACGCAGACACCAAGGUACAGAGAGUGAGUGAGAGAGAGAGAGAAAGACACCCAUUUACAGCUUUACUGCCUCGUUCACUUUGUCAGAUUUGCUCUCACGGCCACCUCUAUCUCUCUUUCUCUCUCCCUCUUUGAAGCUUUCUCUCUCUCUCAUUUAAAUACACUCUCAUUCAUUCAGCUCAUUCACAGGCACGGGUCAGGCAGCCUCACAUUUCACCUUGUUCUGCCCCUGGCUGGGAGGACUGAGCCCUGCAAGGUGCAGCCAUCACACAGGACACAAGUUUGGGUUUCGCUCCAGGAAAAUCGAAGAAGAUUGAGACGGGAUGGAAUUGGAAAGUUCUCAUUCAUUCUGAAGAGCAAGACUGGCAGCAGUAAACACAGACAUCUGGUUACAAGAUCAAAGAGGUCUGCGUGAGGCAGAUUGCCCAACGAAGACCAGCAUCAUGCCGAAUACUUGUGCAAGGUGCACCUUGGGAGUCUGACCCAUCAUGUGCAGAUGGACACGCACCACCUUUGGUCUCUUCUCCGACCUUACCUCCACUGGGUCAGCUCUCCUGAUAUGCCUGUACCUGCUGUUUCUAGCUUGCUCUGCUUUUGGAGGUUGCCCACCUGCGCAGGGGCAUGACCCUCUUCAAGCUCUGGCACAGGGCACGAACUGCUCGUGGACUCUGGAGCGGCACACCCGCAGCUACAACCAUCUCGAGGGUGACGUCCGCCUGCGUCGCCUCUAUUCCGCCAAUAAGUUCUUUCUCUGCAUCGACAAGACGGGGAAGGUCGACGGGACCCGGCGAAAGAAUUACGCUGACAGUCUGAUGGAAAUCCGAUCUGUCAGUGUGGGAGUUGUUGCCAUCAAAUCUGUCAGCACCGGUCUGUACCUAGCCAUGUCCAAAAAAGGCACGCUCUUCGGAUCGGUCAGAUACAACCCAAGCUGCAAGUUUAAGGAGCGCAUCGAGGAGAACGGCUACAACACGUACGCCUCCCUGCGCUGGAAACACAAGGGAAGGCAGAUGUUCGUGUCUCUCAACGGCAGAGGGAAACCACGGAGAGGACACAAAGCUCGACGAAGACAUCCGUCCACCCACUUUCUCCCUAUGCUCCCCACGUAGCUGGACUCUCAUCCAUGAGCAAUGCUCGGACAUCGUCAUUUGAAAUCCUCCACCCCAUUUGAAUGCUAUUUAGCUGUUUUUUGCCCACAGUACAUUAACUUAUUACUCAGCUUAAAUCCCAGUACAGUUUAAUACAAGUUCUGUAUAUACAGGUUAUGUAUUCAUGUUAUUGUUAAGCAUCCAUUAUGAUGUACAGAUCACUAAAUGACAUGUGACCCAGUCUGUUAAAACCCAGCUAAAGACUUACAUUUUACUGCAUAAAAUCAUCUAAUGUAAUGUAAAGAACGUUCAUUGAAAAUAUAACCUUGAUAUCUUUAAUAUGGACUGAGUAAGGUCAUGUCAAAGGUGUUUUUAUACCCACAUAUCUUGUCACAUUAUUUUUCUCAGCCUGUCGCGCAAAAGAACAUUUAAUAUAUUUCAACCUCUGCUUGGACGCAAUGUUUUUGUCUGUAUCCUCGAAACCGCAGUCUGGUCCACACACCGGUGAGAAUCUGGCUUCAUCCACGUGCCACCGACCACAACUGCAUGUUCUGCUUACUAAUGAUGAGCAUCACCUGCUGAGCGGUUAGCCGUGGCGGAAAGUCCAAAAACGCCAUCCAAAAAGGCAGAAUUGUAUCCGCACUAAUGGAAGCCUCGCUUAAAACAGGACCUGUGCUACUUUCCUGGCAGUUUGUAUAUGCUUUACGGCCAUCUCACCUGUUAGUCGAAAAGUUAAAGGAACAUAGGAUUUUAUUCACUGUGUGAAAUGCCGAUUCACAUAUUUCGUAAAGCUACACGCGUUUGAGAGAGGUGUUGAAACGAAUGGGGUAUGUGAAGGUAUGUGCGCAUAUAUUACAUGAGUCCUGCGGUGGAUUUGUAAGCCUCAUUGAUUUUCAGCUCAUGUGUGCGUUGAACAACCAUGAAAAUCCCAAAUGCCACUGUUCCUGACAUAAUUCAAUCUUCAUGAUGUUUCAGUUGAAAAGCCCAAUUCAGAAGGGAAAUCCCAUGAGGUCCAAAGGAUAUUUGCCUAAAACUGAAUGAACAGCAAAAUAAAAGACUGCUUCAGGUGUAUAAAUAAAAAAAAUGCAACAUUGCAUGGUUUAAUUGAGUUUUUGGGUAU